AAAAUACAAAUGUCUUUUCUAAAUUAUGGAAUGAAAUAUCGAGCAGGGAUUUGUUUACUUUAAAUCGAUAUACACCAUUAAUUUAUUAUUCUACGUGUCACUACAUUUGAAAAAAAAUAAAUAAGGAGGUUGUCUAUUGUAAUAAUUUAAACAGGUAUACAACACAAUACGCACAUGUAUGUAUGUAUAGCACGAUAUUAGGUAUAAAACAUUAGCACAAGCAUGUAGUAAAUCUGCACGUGAAAGUCGUGCAUAACAGUUAUCAAUGUCAUUCAUAGAUUUAUAAUGUAUUACUACGUGCAUUGGGGAAAAUCGAAAUAUGAACCAAUGGGACUAUGUUGGAUAAGACUUUGUCAGUUAAAUAUCCUCGAGUAAAAGAUUGGCUUUUUAUGAGUGACCCAAUACUGCCCACUCUUAUUGUGAUAGCCUAUCUAUUGUUUGUAUAUUACGGACCAAAAUGGAUGGAAGAAAGAAAGCCGUUCCAUUUACAAAAUGUUCUUGUAGUUUACAACUUCUCAUUGAUGAUAUUGUGUGCAUAUAUAGUCCGCGAGUUUCUACUAGGAGGCUGGAUGUACGAAUAUUCUUUUGGCUGUCAGACUGUGGAUUAUUCUAAUUCACCGACCGCUCUACGGAUGGCAGGGGCAGUGUGGCUGUUUUUUAUUGCGAAGUUUGUAGAGCUGAUGGAUACGGUGUUUUUUAUCUUACGUAAAAAGAACAGUCAGGUGACAUUUCUGCACGUGUUUCAUCACGGUUGUUUGCCAAUGUUCUGGUGGUGGGGAGUAAAAUCUGUACCAGGGGGUUUUGGUACAUUCCAUGGGUUGGUAAAUUGCUGUGUCCAUGUUGUCAUGUAUUUUUAUUACGGUAUGGCGGCGUUAGGACCAAAGUAUCAAAAGUACCUGUGGUGGAAGCGAUAUGUAACAAUAUUCCAGCUGGCACAAUUUUUCAUUGUUACAAUUCACAACUCCCAGCUGUUAUUUAUAGACUGCACUUAUCCCUGGAAAUAUGUGGCGUUCAUUCAAGGAUUUACAACUACUAUUGCUGCCCUAUUUCUCAACUUUUAUAUAAAGACAUACAAUAAAUCAAAAUCUAUUGCAAAUUCAAAAAGCAAUGGUGCAGUCAAUGGUCACAUUGGCAAUGGUGAUGUGGUAACUAAUGGCAACUACAUUGAACCAGCAGCAAAUGGCUCCGUACAGACACAUAAAUACCUUCAUCAAAGAAAACAUGUAAAUGCACAUAUAUGAAAAAAAUACAUAUUUUAGUUUACCAUAUCAAAUGUCCAAGUCAUUUUUGGCAAAUUAAAUUAUUAACCCUUUUAGCUACCGCAAUGGAUUGCCAUAUAUUUGUCAAACCAAACAAUUAUUUCAAAGUGUAUACAAGCAUUUAUUCUGCUUUUUUUUUUACAUCUGAACAAGUUGAACUUACUUUACUUUAUUGAAAAAUCAAUGUUUUUAUUAUCAAUUUUUGUAUUAUUUUGUACAUUUCUAUGCAUUUGAAUUACAAGUUAUAUUUUGGUCAGUUUGACCAGGAAUGUAUAUUAUAAUUACACUUGUGUAAUACAUACAUCAUAGGUUUGACAGUUUUAACUUCAUUUCUUCAUAUAUCAUUAUGUUCAAAACAUUUUGGUUAUAUAGUAAACUUUGAUAUGAAGUUAUAGCAUUGUUUCAAUCUAUAUUUAUCAGAUGGUUACAUGAAAUAUAUAUAUGUGCUAGUUUUUCUAUUUUUGUUAACUAAGUGAGCCCUGGAUGGUAUCAAUUUUUACCCUGGGGGCAUGACUUAUAUGACUUAACGAGAACCGUGUGAUGCUACCGCUAAAUAUUUGUUAUGUGCAUGCUUAACAGAUAUAUUUGAUGUAGUAUGAAUUGUACAUUUAUAAUAUUAUGUUGUUUAUUACAUACACAAAAUAAUAACACUUGUUUUGUAAAUGUACUAAAUUUACUUUUGUAUGAUCAGUGGUACAUUCUAUUUAUGUUUCCAUAGUAACUUUGUAUUCCACCAGUCUGCUGUAUUUACAUUCUAUAUAAAUUACACUGCAUAUGCGUCUUUCAAAUGGAUUAAUCACUAUAUUACAAUGUUAGAUGUGUUAUUACUUCUACAUUCAAACCUGGAUUUUUUUACUCUUAACCUGUUGCAAAAAAGAGUGAUUAGCAGUUGCCAUCAAUACAGAACCAGGUCUGUCAAUAUAGAACCAGGUCUGUCAAUACAGUACCAGGUCUGUCAAUGUAGUACCAGGUCUGUCAGUAUAGAACCAGGUCUGCCAAUACAGAGCCAGGUUUGCCAAUAUAGAACCAGGUCGGCCAAUAUUGAACCAGGUCUGUCAAUACAGAACAAGGUCUGUUAAUACAGAACCAGGUCUGUCAAUAUAGAACCAGGUCUGUCAAUAUAGAACCAGGUCUGUCAAUAUAGAACCAGGUCUGCAAAUACAGUACCAGGUCUGUCAAUAUAGUACCAGGUCUGUCAAUAUAGAACCAGGUCUGUCAAUACAGAACCAGGUCUGUAAAUACAGUACCAGGUCUGUUAAUAUAGUACCAGGUCUGUCAAUAUAGAACCAAGUCUGUCAAUACAGAACCAGGUCUGCAAAUACAGUACCAGGUCUGUCAAUAUAGAACCAGGUCUGCCAAUACAGAACCAGGUCUGUCAAUACAGAACCAGGUCUAUUUAGAACCAGGUCUGUCAAUAUAGAACAGGUCUGUCAAUACAGAACCCAGUCUGUCAAUAUAGAACCAGGUCUGUCAAUAUAGUACAAGGUCUGACAUUAUAGUACAAGGGCUGUCAAUAUAGAACAAGGUCUGUUAAUACAGAACCAGGUCUGCCAAUACAGAACCAGGUCUGUCAAUACAGAACCAGGUCUAUUUAGAACCAGGUCUAUUUAGAACCAGGUCUGUCAAUAUAGAACAGGUCUGUCAAUACAGAACCCAGUCUGUCAAUAUAGAACCAGGUCUGUCAAUAUAGUACCAGGUCUGACAUUAUAGUACAAGGGCUGUCAAUAUAGAACAAGGUCUGUUAAUACAGAACCAGGUCUGUCAAUAUAGAACCAGGUCCGUCAAUAUAGAACCAGGUCUGUUAAUACAGAACCAGGUCUGUCAAUAUAGAACCAGGUCUGUCAAUAUAGAACAAGGUCUUCCAAUAUAGUACAAGGUCUGUCAAUACAGAACCAGGUGUUUCAAUAUAGAACCAGGACUGUCAAUAUAGUACCAGGUCUGUCAAUAUAGUACAAGGUCUGUCAAUAUAGAACCAGGUCUGUCAAUAUAGUACCAGGUGUUUCAAUAUAGAACCAGGACUGUCAAUAUAGUACCAGGUCUGUCAAUAUAGUACAAGGUCUGUCAAUAUAGAACCAGGUCUGUCAAUAUAGUACCAGGUCUGUCAAUAUAGAACCAGGUCUGUCAGUAUAGAACCAGGUCUGUUAAUAUAGAACCAGGUCUGUCUAUAUAGUACCAGGUCUGUCAAUAUAGUACAAGGUCUGUCAAUAUAGAACCAGGUCUGUUAAUAUAGAACCAGGUCUGUCUAUAUAGUACCAGGUCUGUCAAUAUAGUACAAGGUCUGUCAAUAUAGAACCAGGUCCGUCAAUAUAGAACCAGGUCUGUUAAUAUAGAACCAGGUCUGUCUAUAUAGUACCAGGUCUGUCAAUAUAGUACAAGGUCUGUCAAUAUAGUACCAGGUCUGUCAAUAUAGAACCAGGUCUGUCAAUAUAGUACAAGGACUGUCAAUAUAGAACCAGGUCUGUUAAUAUAGAACCAGGUCUGUCUAUAUAGAACCAGGUCUGUCAAUAUAGUACAAGGUCUGUCAAUAUAGAACCAGGUCUGUCUAUAUAGAACCAGGCUUGUUACAGUCUAUUCCUAAUCCUGUAAAGUUUCACUCAAAUUGCAAUAGUAGUAAAAGAGUUGAGUCUAGACAAAACUUUUAAAAAAAUAUACAAAGACAAUAACUCUGAAAAAAAUCAUAAAACUGGAAAAUUAGACUUGGCACUGAUCAUUCCUGUAAAGUUUAGAUGAAACUGCACCAUUAGUUUUGAGGAGUAGUCUGGACAAGUUUUGAUGGGAGAGGUGAUCCCUAUAUGUCGCCGGCAAUAAAUACUUUGUAGCAGGCGACACAAAAGGCAAAGUUGUAGUGAAAAUUGAAUAGGUAUUUGUUCAUGCAUGUAUAACACUUGUAUUUUAAGAAUGAUAUGGAUUUAUAAAUAAAAUAGAUAAUUAAAUAGAAACAUUCUGCAUUUUACAUAUAACCAACAAAAGCUGUCUUUCUAGCUUAUUUAUUAAACUAAUAAAAUACAUGUACACAUAUCAAGUUUUUUGUUAAUUCAUAACCCCAUCAAUAUUCUCCAGUGACACUGGUUUCAAUAAACAUAUUGAUUUUAUGCUUUAAGAAGUGUUAUUACAAUGUUAACCAAUCUUUAAUGUUAAUAUAAAGACUAUAUAGUACUUAGGUUACAUUUGAAUACCGUCCGUACCUGUAAACACAUGUUGAAAACCAUGGCAUCUAUGUUAAUAUUAAAUAGGUUU